AUGGAUCCGAGCCUGAUUCCCGUGGGUUACGUCUUUUGUCCCACGGAGGAAGAACUGUUGGGUUACUAUCUCUACAGCAAAGUUUUGGGAGAACAAGCUUCUCCACUUGUGUUGCCGGUGAUCGAUCUUUACACCCAAGAGCCCUCUCAAAUAUGGCAACAAUGUAGAGGGGUUGAUAAUAAAGAUAUCUAUUUCUUCACUACUCUCCAAAAAAAGAAAUCUCGUAUCAUCCGAAAGGUUGGUUCUAAUGGUGGCACUUGGAGCGGUGAGAACAAACCUCAACAAGUAUUUUCUUCAACUAUUGAUAAUCUCCUCCUUGGCACCAUGAAACGGUUUCGAUAUGAGAAAUCUCAAGUAAAAGAGGAUUGUACAUGGAUUAUGUAUGAGUAUACCCUCAAUCCAUUUAUCGUACCAGAAGGGUUGGUGCAUGAUUCCUAUGUGCUUUGUAUGAUUCGGAAAAAGAUAGUCAAAUCAGAAAAAAUGGUCAUGGCCUCAAACAAAAGACAAGCAUCAAAUAAUAAUUGGCCAAUGACAAGUAUGCAUGUAGAUAAUCAGAACCACAAACGCAUGAAAUUACAAGAGGAAGCUGUGGUUGAUUGCAUCGAUGCUACUAUUGGAUGUCCAACAACACAAAUGACAUCAUGUUUUCAAAGUUUAUCAAAUGUUGCAUCGAAUGAAGCUGUGGAUGACUUGCAGCAUGAAGAUUGCAUCAAUGUUCAUACUGAAUGUCCAACAACACAAAUGGAAUCAUGUUUUCAAGCUAUAUCAAAUGUUGCAUCCAAUGAAGCCAUGGUUGAGUUACAUAACGAAUGUUGCAUCAAUACUCCUAUUGAAUGUUCAACCACACAAAAAGAAUCAUGUUUUCAAGAUUUAUCAAAUGGUUACUUAUUAUUUGCAAACGAGAAUGAGAAUGAAAUUGAACCAUGCAACAACGGGGAACUACCAAACGUUGAAGAUGGUUUGAAUUAUGACAAUGAGUGGUUGGCAUGUCAAGAACAUUCAGCUAAGUUUGAUCACCUUGCUUGUGGAGUAUUUGAACUUGGGGUGAGGAACUAG